UUGGACGCAGAUGCGGAUCCCCCUCCCAGCAAGCCAAAUACGGCACCCCUCCACAGCAAUUCGAGAUACAACUCUGUUGACAGGGAUGCCUCAAUCACGACAUUUCCUAGCUGGCAGUCAUCUAUGGGUCGAAAGGGUGGUAAGGGGGAGGGCUGUAAGAGUUUGCCUGACAUCCGAAUCUCCCUCGACCAUUUAUUUCAACAUUCAAUUGCAUUUUCAUUCAUCAUCUUCGGCCCGCUUUCGAAUGCUUUUUUUCAGGCCAUCGACGUAUGGAUGCUCUCAUGCAUGACGUUCGUGUUCUGUUCGCUCCUUGAACUCGCCUGGGUCGGUUAUUUGUCACGAGAGGACGAAUCGCCUAGUACACCACGACCAUCAUCACCAGCAUUACCCUCCAAGUCGCUCGCUAUUCCGCCGCUGACCAUGAACAAGACGACUCCAGUGGCUCCACCAACGCCAAGUCUUCAGGUGCACAGCGCCACCAGCACUUUGCAUCGGAGGAAUCCGGCCAAUGAAGAAGAAUCGGCGUUGAUUUCGCUUCGCGACAACGAUUACGGCUAUAUUCCACCGGGAUUCGGCCUCAAUGGCAAUAUAGCCAGCGCGAUGCGAUCGCUUGGAGCAAGGUGUUCCUGCGAUCCUCAACAGUCAUAUCAAACCGACGUUGACGACGUGCAUUCACAUACACCAGAACAUGCGUCACCCUCUUUCAAUUCACGGCGUCAUCGAAAAGAACGAUUGGCAAAGCGGAUCGAUACAUGGUCGGCUAUACUUUUCCCGUCACUCUUCUCUCUCUUCAACAUUGCCUACUGGUCCCACUACCUACGGAGGGACGGUUAG